GACUGUGCUUUGACAUCGUGUUCUGUCGCAGGGUGGUGGUCUCGGCGGCCUGACGAUCUCCAGUGUAAUGAGCCUGACGGGGGGCGCCGAGGCAGACCCUCUACAGACAGAAACGCCUGCCAAGAAGGUGGACGACCUGUUCUCGUUUCCGCCGGAGGGCGAGCGGCGGCCGUGGAAGCACUUUCUGACGCUCAAGGACCAGUCAAAGGUGAUGCGACUCAUGUUUCACAUGCACCACAAGUUGGCCUACAAGUGCAAUGCCGUCCACUGCAGCCUGACCACCAACAACGGCACCCUCUUCAAGCUGCACCUGCGCAACCACGAGAAGUGCGACGUGUGCUCCCCGGACGAGACCUCGUACACGUGCAUGAACACGCGACUGGUGUGCGUCUACUGCGGCUACAAGGGCGCCGACCUGGCCGAGCACGUGUACAAGCGGCACGCCAUCUCCCAGUUCCAGUGCGGCUACUGCUUCUACCGCACUCGACAGAACGCGUACAUGCACGAGCAUCAGCGUCGCUGGCACGCCGAUAUGCCGACGUACGUCCUGCAGUCUGACCCGGCCAUCCCGCCUCCGGGCCUGAACUCCUCGCAUCUGGUCGAGACAGAGAUGGUCGGCAAGUCUAGUCUGACGCCGUACAUCUGCGCUCAGGACGGCUGCGAUCGUGCGUUCAUCAAGGCGGCGGUGCUCGAGCAGCACCACGCCGAGGCCCACCCGGACGCCAGCGUGUUCCCGUGUCACGUCUGUGGCCUGCGCACCGACUCUUUCGCCGCCCUGAUCGGGCACUACAUCGGCCACGGCUACGUCGCCUACCACUGUGCGUACUGCACUUACGCCAACCAGGACCAGAAUGACGUCAAGAAGCACCUGAUCGACUUUCACCCUGAUGAUCCGCCCAAGUGCUACGCCAGGAUACCCAAGUCCAUGGACGUGGUGCUCGGUGUACCGCCGGCCGCUGCUCCCCCGCCGCCGCCCCAGGCGCCGCCGCCGCUGCCGACCCUGCCAGUGACCUCAGUGAAGCAGGAGCCCGGCCUGGGCUCCGAGCUGCCGCCGGCGCCGUCCAGCCCGCCGGCAGCCGACGCCGCGCUGGCCGCCGUCAAACAGGAGCUGGAGUCUGAGCGUCCGGCGUCCGAGGAGCAGGUGGAGCUGGAGGAGGCGGCUGACCCGACCGGCGGCCCGCCGCAGGCCCCCUCACCGCCCGGCGAGCCGGCGCCGCUGCUGGCCGAGGACCUGUACCGCUGCGGCAACCCCAGGUGCUACGAGCGCUUCCCCACGCUGCCGUCGUUCAAGGACCACAUGCUGAGCUGUCCGCACGGUGAGAACGGCGUGCUGCUCUGCUUCCACUGCCCCAAGCAGGUGAAACACGUCGGCACGGCCCUGGAGCACAUCCGACAGCACGGGCCCAAACGCUACUCGUGUGCGAUGUGCGACUUCUGUGCGUCCAUGCCGAACGCCGUGACCAAGCACCUGAAGCAGCAGCAUCGCAUGUCGAGCUGCACCACGCUGCCGCUGGUGGCUGACCGCGCCGACCCCGAGCGCGACCAAUUCGUGGUGUACCCGCGCCAGUGCGUGCCGCGCGCCGAACAGCCGCCGGCCGCCAGUGGAGCCGAACAGAAGAGUUUCGGCGUGGAGGAGAUAGACCAGCUGCCGCACCGGCCCGUCCUCUUCCGGGCGAUGCAGUGUAAGCUCUGUCCUUACAGCACCAAGGUGACGCGCAAUCUGCGGAAGCACCUGCUGUGCCACCGGCGCAGCGACGGCACUGCGCCGCUGCCCGUGGCGGCGCCCAUCAACCCGCGGCCGUGCGACCAGCGCGGCGAGAAGAUGUUCGACAAGAUGGCCAACCUGGCCAGCAGCUCCGGCGAGGUGGGCGUGCCCAGGAAGGCCGAGGAGCUGUCGCAGGCCGACCUCGAGCGGCUGCCCAAGGAGGUGACUGAGGAUAAGCGGUACAUCUGCAGCAUCCCUGGCUGUGUAUACCUGACGCCCAACGACACCAUGCUCAAGUAUCACAUCCAGGCGCUGCACGGCCAGAUGAUCACCUAUCCGUGCCCGCACUGCACCGACCUCUACAUGAUCCCGGACAAACUGAGCGCCCACCUGCGCCUGCACGGGCCGCGCCUAUACAAGUGCAAGUACUGCAUUUACAACCACUACCAGCGCAGCCUGGUGACGCGACACGUGCGUGACAAACACCCGAUGCUGCCGCUGGCAGACGUGGUGGUGCGAGAGCCCGACGACGACGAGGCGUCGCGACCGCUCUUCAAGCCGUGGCGCUGCGGACUGUGCAAGUACCAGGCGCUGCUGCAGCUCGAGGUGGUCGAACAUGUGGCGACCGGGCACGGCCUGAGCCGCAACCAGUUCAAGUGCGGCCUGUGCUCGAUGCGCAGCUCCGUACGCAGUGAGUUCGACGAGCACUUUGCCACCAAGCAUCCCGACGAACCGGUCUCGGUGUUCGCCCUCUACAACAAGGUGGAGGAGGCGGACGCAGAGGCGGCGGCCAAGGUGGAGCAGUGUCAGCCCAUCUGGCAGCGCAACAACCCGCGCCGUAUUCGCCACGUCCGCGGCAUCCUCAUCGAGGAGGUGAAGGUGGCGCGCGGCUCGCCGAUGAAACGCAAACUCUCCACCGGUCAGAAGUCGCCAGUGAAGAGGCCGGCACUACCGUCGCCGCCGGCCGGGGCGCUGGCCAGCCGAAACGGCUCGAAGGGGGCGGCUGGACAGGCGCGCCGCAGGGCCAUCAAGAGGGCGCUCCGACACACGACGUCCGGGAGGAUGCGGCAGCCGGUGGCGCCGGAGGUCCCGGAGCCGGAGCCGGAGUCUCCACGCAGGGAGGAGCCGGCUGAGGCUGACGGUGCGGCCCCGGCGCGGGCCACGGACGAUGAGUUCUUAUCGCUGUUCGAGUCCAAGUCGUGUGAGCUCGGGCCCAAGGGCGACGCAGAUGUGGACGCGAAGCAGUUCGUCUGUCCCAGGUGUAAGAAGUACCGGACCAGGCGGAAACGCGACUUCACCAUGCAUCUGUACAAGGAGCUUGGAUACAGCAGGUGA